UUGGUCACUGCUUCACUCCAUGCUCUUCCUGUUUGCUGUUGCGUUCACUUCCCUACACAAUUAUACCUGUAAGAGACGAUUGCUUUUUACAUCACUCUUUUGCUUUGUCACUGUUUUUGUGUAAAGAAAACGUAAAGCUAACGCUUUCUCUGUUCCCGGCUCUUUCUAUCUAUCUAAUCUAAUCUAAAUCUAAUCUAUCUACCAAAGGGUCAUAGUACCUUGUGGGUUUUGAAAUCCUUUAGUGGUGUAGUCCCUUUCAAAGUCCUCUCUUGAAAUGAUCCUCAAUCUACCCUUUUACUUUUUACAUAUAAUCUUUUUCAGCUCACCAAUCUCUGAUCUCAAUCUCUUAAAUUUCUAUGUUCUCUCUGCCUUUUCUUGAGCGCUGAUCGUUGGGUCAUUCCUAUUUUCACUUUCAAGAUUACAGAUAAAAGAAAAGAGGAGCUAUGAAGGAAAGAGGUAAGGCUGUGGAAUUGUACAACAGCGACGUCAUGUUCCCGGAUUGUUACUCUUCUUCAUCGGAUCUUCCCUGCAAGAAACACCCAUCAUCGUCGUCUGUAGGUAUCUGCCCUUAUUGCUUGAAGGAUCGAUUAGUGAAGCUGGUCUGCUCAGAUUGUGGAGAGCAGAGGUUGUCGUCCUGCUCCUGUUCUGAGAUCUCUUCAAAUCGCAAUUCUUGCACUGUUGAGGUGGGCAGCGUGGGUCGCAUCUCCUUUUUAAUAGAGAACGAAAGAAAUAUUAACGAAGCCCCAAAUCUAAUUCCCAAGUCCAAGAUCGGCAAUGGAGAUAAACCAGAAGAGGUUUUCUUGCUCAAAAGAAGCAGUAGCAGCUGCGUUGAGAUCAAGAGAAAAAACGGGUUUUGGAAAAUUGGGAAGCUGUUUAGAAAAAGUGGUAAACGGGAGAAAGAUGGCGUUAAAAGCGUAGCUGGAUAUGAUGAUCAGAAGAGUGAUUUAUGGGUUGUGGAUUAUCUCGGUGUGUCCAGGUCCAGGUCUCUUUGCAGUUUCAGAGGAGGUGGGUUUUUGGGGUCUGAAGAUGGAGGCGAUACGAUGGCGUUUUCAGGCGCUAGGAGUUCAAUAUCAGCAGCUAGAAGCUCUAGCGUUAAUGGAGGUCUAGGGUUUGAUUCAGAGAGGAGAAGUGGGUUCAGCGAAGCCGAGCCAAGAAGAAGCGGGUUUGAAGGAAGGAAAAGUGGGUUUAGCGAAGCCGAGCCGAGGAAAAGCGGAUUUGAGAGUGAAAAGCGAGAUAGCAGUGUUUUGGAGUGUGAUACAACCGGUUUUAAUGGCGGAAACAGAAGGGUUUUUUCACUGAAAGAAACUUACUUUACUGGUGGGGAAGAUUCAGGUUUUAUCGAUUUAAAAUUUGAUUUCCCAUCAGAAUCAAACAACAAAGCAGCUGAUUAUUAUUCAGCUGCAAAAAUGUCAGAUUCAAACUCUGGUUUCUGCAGUAUGAGAUGUAGUGAUUUAAUGGGACCCGAGCAAUUUGGGAAUGAAAUGAUAAGUCACACAGGGUCCUGUAGAAUUACGGUGAGUGAACGGGGGAUCAAGAAGAGCAGGAAAAGCUUCAAGAGCUGGAGAUGGAUUUUCAAGCACCACCCAAAUUGGAUUAGUGGUGGAAGGAAGAAAGAUAAUGAAGAUAUCAUGGUUAAUCCUUGAUUAUUAUUAUUAUUAUUAUUAUUAUUAUAUAAAUGAAUAAAUCUUUUGUUUGAAUCAUAGUUGAUUAAUUAAUGAUUUUGUGUAGGUUAAAUUAAUUUAGGAUAAAUCUUAAUCUUAUGUCUAUUUUGGUGUUGUUUUCAUAAUUCAUUUGUAUUUUAAUAUCUUAAACUUAGUUACCUUGAGAUUAAUUAAGGGAUGAGAAUACUGCAAAAGCA